AUGGAUGAAUAUGAUUGUACCGCACAUCCACAUAUGUUUUCAAUCGAUUCUGAUGAAUUAUGCGACAAUGAUCCGUAUAUCAAUAUAGAAUUCGAUUACACCAAUAUUAAUGUUUCGAGUGAUCAAAUGUUUCCUUAUUCAAGUGAAACUAAAUUUUAUGGUCUUUAUUAUGUGUCGAAAGAUAAAGAAAUCGUGAAUUCUAGUGUUAUUAAGUGGCUUUCUGAAAUUGAUGUUCCUGAAGCUGCUUUUCCUAUGGUGGUAACAGAAAUUUCACAAUGUGUAUGUGAGAUGGUUAAUGGGGCAUAUAAGAACUCGAGGAAUCUUUCUAUUAGAGUUGAUUUUUCUGUUACACGGAAUCUUAAAGAAGAGGAAAUAAAGGUAGAAGAAGAUGAAGUUAAUACAUUGGUUCAUGCUGCUACAAGGACUAUUGAAGAUGACCCCAAUGAAAUUGGUUAUCAAGAUGAUUGGGAGUAUUAUUGGGCUGAGGAGAUGGAUAUUGAAGUACAAGAAGAUGAUGAGUUAAGAAGGACUAUUGAAGAUGACCCCAAUGAAAUUGGUUAUCAAGAUGAUUGGGAGUAUUAUUGGGCUGAGGAGAUGGAUAUUGAAGUACAAGAAGAUGAUGAGUUAAGAAGGACGGUUGAAGAUUAUCAGAAUGAUAAUGUUAAUGGAGAUACACGGAGCUAUAAUUGGGAAGAGGAUAUGGAAAUUGAAGAUAACAGGUUCAUUAAUGACGUUGAAAGUGAUGAAGAUGAAUGGGAAUAUGGUUGGGAAGAGGGAAUUGAGACUGAAGAAGAUAUUAGGUUUGUUCCUGCGGCUAAAUCGUGUAUUGAGGAAUUGAAGACGGUAACAACGAAAGAAACAGAAAAAUGUAGUAUUUGUUUUGAAGAUUUUAAAGUUGGUGUUUGUAUGCCAUGUUCACAUAUGUUUCAUAUGGAUUGUAUUCAAGAUUGGUUGAAUAUAAGCAACUCUUGUCCUUUGUGUAGGUUUCAAUUGCCUACUAUUUAA